AUUUGUUCAGACAACCGCAGACAGUUUCCCAACUGGAACAAGUGCGGUUGUCAAGUUGGUUACAACUGAGAGUUUUACUACAAAUUCUAUCCUUAAUGAACCUUGCAGUAACAGUGAUGAACUCCGUUGCUCUGAUGGCGUGUGCAAAAACCGCAAGGUUUUUUGCGAUUCGUGGCCAGGUGACUGCACAGACUUCUAUGAUGAAGAUGAGACACUUUGCUGUGAUGUGCUGAUGGUGAACACUCACUGCUACAAACCAGACCACUAUCGUUGCUCUGAAGGCCGGUAUAUCCCAAACAGUUUUCUCUGUGAUGGGUAUACUUACGACUGUUUGAACAACGAGGACGAGAAUGAAGAACAUUGUGUCUUCUGUCCACACCCUGGAGAACUGGCAAAUGGGCAGAUCGCACCGUGGAAGGAGAAAUACCGGGAGGGUGAAAAUGUGACAUUUUCCUGCUUGGAUGGCUACUCAUUGAGAGGAGAUGCAUCAGCUUAUUGCGCAAAUAUGACAUGGAGUGUGGAUCUUCCUGAGUGCUAUGAGAACUGCCCUACUCCCAGGACUCCAGCCCUGGGCUCACACAACGCCUCAUCACCUGUCAUGCAUUUGGAUGUCAUCGGCUUCACCUGUUACCCAGGUUAUGCCCUGAUUCCUGACACGACUGUCAUAUGUAACAAUGGCACAUUGGAGGGGAGGAUCCCAACAUGUCAAGAUAUUAAUGAGUGUGAAAGUUCUCCCUGCCUGAAUGGAGGUCGUUGCUCCAACCUUGUUAAUGCAUUUAAAUGCAUGUGUACUCCAAGCUGGACUGGCACUAACUGCUCUAUUGAUAUUGAUGAAUGCACGUCUGCUAUCCACAAUUGCCAUACCAAUGCAACCUGUAACAACACAAUCGGCGGUUACGGAUGCGCCUGCAAUGAAGGAUUCCGUGGAAACGGAUUCCUCUGCCGAGAAAUAAUCAUGUUCCCAUUUGGAGUUACAAAUGGUGAUUCUCUUCUGAGCGGGACUUCAGCUCAAUCCUUAGCCUCGGAUAUUGUCUCAAACAUCAUUAAACCUGAAUACGGCUUCCCACUUGGUUACAAAUAUUUCUUCUCAGGCCUCUACUUCACAGAUAAUGGACAGAUCAUCUUCACCAACCGCAAUGAUAUGCUUCUGGCCUUUCCCCAUCCAUUCCCUGGUGGAUUUAAUCGCAGUGACAGCAUUGCCGUUGUUGCGCCUUUCUGGAUCGAUGCCAAUCCAUUUGCUGGUGAUGCUGAGGUUUUUUACCAGAUUUACACGAAUACCAGUGGACCAGUGAUGCAGGAUGCAUUGUCAAGGAUCAAGGCCGUACAUACGUCAUUUUCUAGCUGGACACCAGACUGGAUGCUGGUGGUCACAUGGUACAAAUUACCAUCAUUCAUAGAAACAAUUAAUACUAACACAUUCCAAGUGGCCUUGGUCACUGACGGGGACUACAGCUUUGCCGUCGUUAACUUCCCCGAGGGAGAGAUGCAGUGGAACUACAAUGCCCUCUCUGACACUGACGUCAUCAUUGGCUUCAGAAGUGGAAGGAGUCUCUUUGUCAACUCCCAGAAGGCAAGCCCGUUCACCUCCAUCGCCGACAAGUUCCGGCCAGACUCACUGAUCGGAAACACUGGCCUCAAGGGCCGCUGGGUGUAUCGGCUGGAUUCGAAUAACCGGAGGGUCACCAAUCCGAAACGCUUCUGCAGAUGGUGGUAUAACCGUCAGCCAGACCCAAGGAUUUGGAAUAGAUAUUUAGGAACCUGCCCGUGUGCCUUCUCACAAGGAGGCAGGGAUAGCAAGUACGGUCGCCGUAGAUCAAGACGUGUUGAUGGGUCAAGAUCCAGCAUGCCCCUCUCUGAUGCUGUCCUGAAUGCAGUAAAUAAUGAAGAAGAUGGAUUCUGCCUCCGGACUCAAUUUCCUCCCACACGGGCAGGUGCUGGAAUGGUUUGUUGUUACCGUGCAGACCGGUCGCUCAUCACAGGCUACAAGGGACCCUUUGAGCUCAGUGUAACGGAAAGAAUUGGUAGACGCUCUAACUUCUUUCUUCGGCUUUUUUGGAUUUUUUUGGAUUUUUACCCACGCUUUUACUGUUGUGAUAAAGCAAAUGAUGAGACCUUCUGUGAUAUGUACUUUGAAAAGCGUCCGAAGGGUAGUUGUAGUGGAUACCUACCUCCCACAACAGGUUGGAUGAUGGGCGAUCCUCACAUCACAACUUUGGACGGAGUAGGGUACACCUUCAAUGGCCUUGGGGAGUACACACAGUUUCUGUUGCCCGACAGCAACGGGGAGGCUCUGUUUGAGAUCCAGGGAAGGACCAUGCGUGCCUGGAAUAACAAGACCGGAGAGCUGUCACAGGCCACUCAGUUUAUUGGCUUCGUAGGCCAGGCAAAUGAUUCUGCAAAGGUCCAGAUGGUUGCCAAUGAGAAUCUCACAGAUGUUGACGUAUUCGUCAAUGAUGAACUCUUCAACAAGACCUUAAUUGAAGAAGAUGUGUACGAGGUUCCUAAUGCCUCCUGCAUCAUCGCACAGAAGCUGGACGCCAACAAUAACACUCGCUACCAAGCCACCUGGACGGUGGGGACGUCGAUGGAGGUUGGGAUCAGUCUGGGGAUUUUGGACAUCAUCGUGUCUGCUCCAGCUGUGUACAAGAAUGGAUCUAGUCGUGGGCUGCUGGGAGUGUGGAAUGGUGACCCAUCUGAUGACUUCCUGAAACGCAAUGAAACCCUACUGACAGCCUCUGGCAGUGAUGGCAACUACACUGAUUCAGACUUCUUUAAAUUUGGAGAGACUUGGAGGACAACGCCUGAAACCUCCCUCUUCCUGUACCCGUCGGACACAACCUGGGCGGACUACAACAACCUGACCUUCAUCCCACUGUUUCUGGAUGAGCUCAUCGCUGAAGCAGAGAGAGAUGAUCCGACAUUCCUCGCCGAGAUUCGAUCUUCCUGCGGGGACAACGACAUGUGCCUGUUUGAUUCCCUAGCGACCAAAAACAUGGACAUCGGCAUGGCAACGAUGGCCAAAGGUGAAGAGAACCAACAGAACGCAGCAGAACUAGCAAACUUUCCUCCAACUAUUGACAACGGAACCAAUGUGAUACUUGCCCGCGUGGGAGAUCCCGUGGAGGUGCAAGUCAUGGCCAGUGAUCCAGAUGGAGAUGCAGUCACCUUCUCUCUGGUAGAGGACAUUGAAGGAGCAUCCCUCAACCAAGCCGGUCUUUUUACCUGGAAUCCUGCCAACGUCAACAAAGUUAGCAUUGGCAUCAGGGCCAGUGAUGGAUCGGCCAAUGCUGUGUUUGAACCAACUGUGAAAGUCUGCAACUGUCAAAACAAUGGGACCUGCCUGUAUGAUCAGUACGUCGAGAACACAAACAUCAUGAAAGACAAUUUUGCGGUGGUUGUGUGCAAUUGUACCCCAGGCUGGUCAGGUGACUUUUGUGAAGUUGACUUCAAUGCUUGCCAAGACAGCCCGUGCUUUGAUAACGUCACUUGCAUCGACUUACCACCACCAGAGGUGACAAACACAUGUGGACCAUGCCCUGACAACUUGCAGGGCAAUGGGUUUACCUGCUAUGAUUUGGAUGAGUGUAAUGCCCCUGGGGGCUCCCCAUGCUCCCAGCUGUGCGCUAACUUCCUAGGGGGCUACAACUGCUCCUGCAACAGUGGCUACGUGCUUGAUCAGGACAUGCACAACUGCACCGAUGUCGACGAGUGCAUGCAGGCAAAUGGGACCAACUGUCACAUGGCUGCCGUCUGUAACAACACAGCAGGAGCAUAUGUGUGCUACUGCCCUGAAGGCUACACCGACGUCAACGGGGAUGGGACCCUCUGUGAAGAUAUAAAUGAGUGUCUGGCAAUGCCUCCUGUGUGCACAGCAGAAAUGGAUUGUCAGAACAAUGUUGGCAGUUACGAGUGCAGCUGCUCAGCGGGGUAUGAGAACGAAAAUGAAACUUGCGUGGACAUUGACGAGUGUGCAAGGAACACGUCGGACUGCGGGGAGUUUGCAACUUGCAGAAACGUUCCCGGCCAGUUCGUCUGCAGAUGUGAGGCAGGUUUCAGGGGCGACGGCUACAACUGUAGCAACAUUGAUGAGUGCCAGGAGGGCUUGUCUCGCUGCACCGGCAGAAGUGUUUGUCAGGACACGUUAGGAAGUUACCUGUGUCAGUGUGAUGUUGGAUUUGUCAGUGAUGGAACCAUGUGUGAAGAUCUUGACGAGUGCAAUUCCACCAUGAGCAACAACUGUUCUGAUGUCGGCUCCAUGUGUGUAAAUUCCCCUGGUUCCUACACAUGUCGCUGCCUGGACGGCUAUGAAGGCGAUGGAUUUACCUGUCAAGAAGUUUUGAUAACAACUAAGGCAACAAUAUUGGCAAAAGUAACCUCUGGGGUUGAGAUCACCACGGGGAUGCGUGAUUCAGCAACCCAAAUGAUGGACAGAGAGGAGGAUGCAGCCACACAAAGCAGAGCUGAUGAACCUGUCACCAUAGCAACCAUGAUGACUGAUGUUGAGGAUGCAGGGACAGCUGACACUGCUACUGGAGGGGACGAGGCAACCACACUAGGCACAGCCAAUGAGUCUGUCACCGUGGCAACCAGGAUGACUGGGGAUGAGGAUGCAGGGACAGCUGAGACAGCCACUGAAGAGGUUGGGCUAGCCACACAAAGUACAGCUGAUGAGUUUGUCACCAUGGCAACCAGGAUAACCGGUGACGAGGAUGCAGGAACAGCUGAGACAGCCACGGAAGAGGUUGGGGCAGCCUCACAAAGCACAGCUGAUGAGGAGUUUGUUACCAUGGCAACCAGGAUGACUGGUGAUGAGGAUGCAGAGACAGCUGAGACAGCCACUGAAGAGGUCGGGGCAGCCUCACAAAGCACAGCCUAUGAGGAGUUUGUCACCAUGGCAACCAGGAUGACUGGUGAUGAGGAUGCAGAGACAACUGAGACAGCCACUGAAAAGGUUGGGGCAGCCUCACAAAGCACAGCUGAUGAGGAGUUUGUUACCAUGGCAACCAGGAUGACUGGAGACAAGGAUGCAGAAACAGCUGAGACUGCAACUGACGAGGUGGAGGCAGCAACACAAAGCAGAACUGACAUGGUUGAUGUCACCAUGGAAUUUGAAAUGGCCACCAAUGAAAUAGUCACUCACAAUCCACCCCAAGCAACUCAAGCCUUGUCUGAUGAAGAUACAACAGGAACGGAGGGCAAUGUUGCUGUUGAUGCUGCAACUGCUGCCCCGUUGGAAGUAACUGCAGCAGCUGCCGAUAGCACAGCUGCAGAUGAACAGGCAGGGCCCACAGCCGGAAUCACCGUCCCAGUGGAGGGAACCACGGAAGAUGUGGACGGCUGUUCAUUACCUGGUAGCUGCGCUGAAAACAGCAUGUGUGAGAACACAGCGGGAAGUUUAGUGUGCACUUGCAAUGCUGGUUACCAAGGUGAUGGCUUCAAUAACUGCACAGACAUAGAUGAGUGUUUGGAGAAUCCCAGCCUCUGUGAUCGCAAUGCUACCUGCACCAACCUGGCGGGCAACUACACUUGCCAGUGUAAUGCUGGUUUGCAAGGUGACGGCACCACCAGCUGCACCGACAUUGACGAAUGCUUGCAAGACCCAGCCGUGUGCGACCAGAAUGCCAUGUGCACCAACUUGUACGGCAGCUACAUCUGCGAGUGCAACGAGGGAUACUUCGGCAAUGGAAAAACAUGCACAGAUGUGAACGAGUGUUCUCUCACCGUGCCUCCUUGCGUUGCCAACAGCAUGUGCCAGAAUUCCGUGGGUAGUUUCACCUGUACUUGCAGUGUUGGUUACGAAGGUGACGGACUCACCAGCUGCUCCGACAUAGACGAGUGUUCCCGGGGUCUAAGCAACUGCUAUCAGAAUGCAACGUGCACCAACACUGAUGGCAGCUUUGACUGCCGGUGUGAUGGAGGAUUUUCUGGGGAUGGAGAAAUGUGCACAGAUAUAGAUGAAUGUGUGACUGACCCUAACAUAUGCACUGGCUAUGGGGAGACGUGCCUGAAUGUGGAGGGUAGUUUCUCCUGUGUAUGCAAUAUCUUAGAAGGAUUUGCUGAAGUCAAUGGGACUUGUCAGUUGUUUACCAGUUUCAGAGGUAGCUUUGUGAUCAAUGCCAUCAAUGGGAAUUCAUCUGCAGCCCGCUACGUGCCUGCCCUGGCAGACCCCAGCUCACCCCAGUUUAUUGCUGUGGAGAGACUUGUUUGUGCGCUGGUCAGGGCUGCCUCAGAAUCAAAUUCCGAACUCCGUGAAAACUUCCAGAACUGUCAGGUGGUUGAAUUCACUGAAAGUGAUCAGACGAGACGCAAGAGGGCAGUUUCCGGUUUUGUUCUGGCGGUAUUUGCAGCCAUGUUUCAACUGAACGCGCCCGUUGAGGGUAACACGUUCCAAAAUGCUGUGACAACUGCACUUAGUGAAAAUACAGGAAGCUUGUCAGCUGAUGUUUCAUCCUUAACUUUGGCAGUAACUCGCCUGAUAUGUGUUGAUGGUCACUGUCUGAAUGGGGCAAUCUGUUCAGUGGACAUCACCAACCAGAUUGUUUGCACGUGUCCUGAUGGAUAUAUUGGUGCCCGAUGUGACGUUAUGGGAACAGACGACAUGACAGACACCACAACACCAGGAUCUGGCAAUGGUGGAGUGAUAACGGAAAUAAUUGAUGGAAACAUUACCAACUCACCAGAUUCGGACACGAUGGUACUUCUCAUUAUCCUCAUUUCGCUGGCCGGCAUAGCUGUGCUCGUCCUCGUGGGCUUCAUGUUCAUUCUGUGCAUUUACCUGCAUCAACGAAGCCGUAGUAGACUGCACAGCAGUGUGGUCAAUGGCAACAUGAAGUAUCUCACGCCAAGGAGUGACCAGCACAGUGAAUGGCACCAUGGGAAUGGCGGAUUUACUGAAAUGGACCGACAGAUGCAGUACCUGGCCGAAAACAUCAGCCAGUCACCGUAUUACCGGGACCAGAGAAGAUCAGAGUUGGCCUCCCCAGUCAGACUGUCUGACAGAGAGUUUGUUCAACCGUACCUGGCCACCGGCUUGGAAGCACACCAAAAUGAACGGAGAAGGGUUGCAUCGGGUGAGAACAGAAUGCCAAGCAGAGCCAACGGCAGGACCUCUUCGUCCCCAAAUCGAGCACAGUCCAUCAGGCACUUCUGGGACAACUAGCCAGCAGGACAUCUCUUGUACGCAAGACAUUAGUAUAGCACCUACUUAUACUGAGCUUGUUUUGGGGGGAGGGAACAGAAAUGAUGAUUUAUGUUUCCAAGUAGUAUUUGACAGAUGUGCAAGGUCCCCAACCUGUAUUUUUACUUGUAACUACUGGGGCACUCCUGGUUUAGUUUUGUGGAUGGUCAGGCCAAAAAAAGAAAAAGGAAAAGAAUCCGGAAAAAUUGCAUUUGCCCCUAUGAAGUUGGUUCAGUAAUGUGAUAACCAAGCAUGCAUUAUCUCAUGCUUUGUUCUGCAUACCAAGUUUAUCGUGAAACGAUAAUUAGUGUGAAACAAAACUCAGUGGACCUUCAUAAUAUCCGACAGUCCACUAAAAUUUUGACCAUAGUGUAAAGGUAGUGCCUUUGCAGCUUCUAAAAUUCCACUGGUUUCUGUGCGCUGUGCUACUCACAGAAUUAAAGAAAAAAUAUAUAUCAUUAACAGUUUUCAUGUGUGAAGGGCAAACACUGACAUUUUGGCUGUGCUUGUUUGCUCUUUCUGUUUCACUUAGAAUGCUGGGAUUGAAAUCUUCACUGUUGUCACAAAAGGACAAAUUUGGCUCCAAAUCAUCACGUUUUCACAUUUCUAUUUUUGGGGUGAAAUCAACAGGUUGUCAGAUGCUAAUAGGUCUGACCAAAUCUAUAGAAAUCAAAUCAGUGAUCUUUGCGGGGUACAUUUCAUGUAAACGGCAUGUCGGUCUGGUGGUCAUAUUCACAAGGAGACACAUUUGUGCUUUAUAGAGAUUACAUUGUGCAAAAUUCACUCUACCUGACUUUUUUUGUUUACAAGGAGGAACAAAUUUAAUCUCUAAGUUCAUUUAUAUGUAACAAAUCUGCACCUGACAUUCACAGUGGCAGUGGUAAAAGUGUGCGUACCUUGUGUAUUACUGUUUGUCUCAGUGAACUGAGCUGCUGUUCCAACAUGAUCACAUCACUUGCUACUGGGCUGAUGUAAUCCCAGGUUACCUGGCUUGUUCAGAUUUCACAACUACUGACUGUGGCAUUGCCGAUACAAAACACACUGACAAACAGGUAGACAGGCUUUUUGAAAAAAUUCUUGACUUCUGAUUCCAGAAAUCUUCACAUCUGCCUUCCCUCAAUUGCCUUAACAAGAUUUUGCUCAUAAACCAGACCAGUUUAUUAGUUUUCUAAAAUUCAUGGGUACGAAUCCUCCCCCUGUCUUCUUUUGUUUCUGAAACAUGUAUAUUAACAGUAUUUUAUUGUGAAUUUUUUACAUAGUGAAGGCAGAACUCAGGCCACUUUAACAACUUACAGACACAUUUUAUGUAUUUCUAUUUUAAUGGUUGAAUGUUGUAUUGAGUUUUAUUCAGUAUCAACUUUUGUCAGUCACACAAUUCUUGAUGACAUGAUGUGAACUUUUUGAGGUGCCAAGUGUAGUAAAGCAAAUUUAUAUCUUAGCCUCAUACCUGUCUUUGAAAUGUUUCCAUUUUGUGGAAAUCCUUUCAUUGACUGAAGAGAGUUCUUAUAUUUGAGAAUUUCUCAAAAUGCAAGUAUUUGAAACUAUCUCUUAGCAAAUAUUUGAAUUUUGAAUACCUUUAAAUGAGCCCUUUUUUGUUGGAAAACUAAAGAAAGGGAUUGUGUAAACACCAUAACAAUAGACUGAAAUGAUUGAAAAACGUAAAUGUGGUGGGAAAGGGCUAUUGAUUUAUCUACUGGUUGUAGCUGGUUACAAAUUAACAUGACUGAAAUGAAUUUUAACCAAUUUUCAUUUUAACAUGGCCAUUUUUGCUUGCACUGCCAUCUGUGAAAACACAUGUAAUGCUUUAAUGAAGGGAGCACUCACGAAUUCAAUUUUAGUCUGGACAUUAUUUUUCUUGAUAUUACACACUCAGUUUGCCAUAAAAUGACAUUGAAAUAAACCCCCAUCCAGAAAAGACACUGUAAAAAUACUCAUUGGCAUUUAAACAAAUCCAGUUGCCCAUUUGUAAUGGCUUUAAAAUGGCUUACUGCUUUAACGCGAGGAUAUUCUUAUCAAACACUUUUAGGCUUUUUCUUUUGUUUGUGCGACUCGACCGUGAUCAAUAUAUAAUGAAUGCUAGAUCAAAAUGUAAAUAGCAGCUGUCAGUCUUGUUUUGGAACGUUUUAAAGAGUCAUUUUCCUAAAUCACUUCUUACCAAAUCAAAUUAAUGUGAAAUUUAACAGAUUGGUGUUCUGCCUUAUGUAUAUGGGGUUUUCUAACUAAGUGGUUCUUAAUUUUUAGGAAGCAGAAAUAAAUUAGUGUUUUGCAGGAGUAGAUGUGAGA